AUGGCACUGACAGAGGGUGUAGUGGCCCUGCUGCUGUCCACGCCCAUCUCUCUCAGCCUGGCAACGUGCGCUCUGCUCUUCUUCGUCGGGCGGGCGCUCGAGUCCAGCAUCGACGACCUUGAGCCUCCGGUUCUCAGAUCCAAGAUUCCCAUAUUUGGUCAUUUCUACAGUUUACUCAAGGACCAAGAGGUAUUUUUUAAACAUCUCUACAAGAAAUAUCACCUGCCCAUCGCAACCGUCCCCAUUUUGAGGACUAAACUGUAUGCCAUAUCGGACCCUAUUCUAGCCCAGUCUGCGUAUUGCAACAAGCAUCUCUCCUUUACUCCCUUUGCUGUGGGGGGUGCUCAGAAGGUUGCGGGCUUCUCUGACGAGUAUCACCAAGUGCUCAUGCAGACAAACGUCUUGCCCGAGUACUUUAAGAGCCUCUACGACGGGACUACUGCCCAGCACAUCCACCAGCUGAAUGUCACCUCGCUCAAACAUGUCGCAAGCCACUUCAACAGCAUCGGAGGCGAUGGCAUGGACGUUGCCAACACGUACCUGUGGCUGCGCAAUCUUAUGACCGUCGCUACAUGCGAGGGUCUAUAUGGUCCUGAAAAUCCAAUCAGGAGCGACGAGCUUGUAGAAGACGUCUGGACGUUCGAAACGGGUUUGCCUUACCUCUUCCUCCAUUUCUUCAAUUCAACAACGCUGCAGCGUACCAAAGAGGCUAGGCAGAGGAUACAGCAAGCGUUAGGGAAGUGGUGCAAGGCCAUGAAGCAGGACGACGAACAAGUCUCGGCCUACAUCAGAAAUCGGGUCGGCGUUCUUCGAAGUUAUGGCGUGGAAGAGGAGCAACUUGGUGUCAUUGAGUGUGGGCUCAUUCACGUGCCAACGUCCAAUUCGAUCCCGACAAUUUUCUGGUUCUUCAUGCAUGUUUUCACGCGACCCGAACUGGUGCUCCGAAUGCGCGCUGAAUUGGAGCCCAUUGCCCACCGCGGUCCGGGCCAUGCAGUGACCAUCAACAUAGACGAUAUCCUCGAAAGGUGUCCUCUGUUGAUCAGCGCUUACCGGGAGGCCAGCCGCAUUUGCAAUGGAUUCACCUGCAACCGACUUGCCCUAGAGGACACCACCAUCACAGACGGACAAGGCCGCCCGUACCUGCUCAAGAAAGGCGCCGCUGUCAAGAUACCCACUGGAGUCAUUCACAGCUCGGAGGACAUAUGGGGCGAGGACGCAUUGACAUUCCGGGCUGACAGGUUCCUAGACAAGGGACUGACGAACGAGCAAGCCAAAAUAAGACGUGCUGCGUGGACCCCCUUCGGCGGAGGCGCACACAUGUGUCCUGGGCGGAACUUUGCUACGGCCGAGAUCUACGGCUUCGUGGCCGCGCUGGUCUUGGGCUAUCAUGUGGAGCCUCUGGACGGGAACUGGCAUGCGUAUAAACCGCCGCCUAUGGCGUCGUGUCCCCAGGCGACUUCUGUGCGCAAGCCAGCAGACGAGGCUGCAGUUUGCGGUACUCGCCUGACAAGACGGAGCGGAUGGGAGGCAGCGCAGUGGAACUUUAUCUCUGGCCCAGUGACAGAAUGA